AUGUCAGGUCUUCCAUAUCUACAAAAACUUCGCAAAAGCGACCUCACCGAAUUCGCAGAAACGACCAAGUUGGCCGAUUAUGCGCAUCUGAAGAAAGCCGAGCUCGAAGUCGCCCUUGACGAGCACCUGCGCGCCAACUCAACCACAUACAGCAAAGAUCCUUCAUUGAGCGAGUACUACAAGCGCUUGGGCGGCAGCUCACGAUCGCCCACGAAGAAGACCAUCGCUGAGAAAGUCACCGAGACUCUGAAAUCAGACGACGACGCGCCGGCUCCUGUGAAGAAACCGAGGCGCAAAACAACGACUUCGCCAAAUGACAUACGCGACUCGACAGAAGAAGAGCCGCUGGUCAGUGCUCUCGUCAAGACACCAGCCAAAGAAGUUGCUCGCCGGACCUCAAUCCUGGCAUCUCAAAUACCCAUACCACCUUCGCCCGCCGUAGUCACAGACGUGAUCGAUCAACAGGCGCGUCGCAUCAGGACAUCCAUCUCACAUGCCUAUGAUCGAACGCAGAUCCAUAGGACCGCCGAUGCGUCGCGAGAACUACUUUCAUCGCCUUUGACAGUCACAGUGCUCGCCAUUCUGCUGGAAGCAUACGGCCUACGAGCUCAGAUCCUUCCCAACAAGCUGCUCACUCAGAUUCCCGCCGUACCUUACGUGAAGUCGACGCCGACACCGAUACUGGUCCCAGAUCUCUUCCUCCUCCUGGAGUCGAAAUUCUGGGCGCCCUUCUCUCUGUGGUCUCUCACUUCCCUCAUCUUACCAGCGAUCAUCUCGUACUUCAUCAACCUGCCGCUGAAGGCGCACCCAAGCCAUAGUUACUCGACGCGCCAGGCGGCCCUGCAAGCCAACACGCAAAUGCAGUUUGACCCAUUCAUCUUCAGUCUGGCAAAGGGGCUGAUUGCGUACCUGGUGUAUGCGAACCAUCUUACCUUGAGCGGGUUGUACACGCACUUUACAGUGGCAACCGUCAACGAGAGUAUUUUGGGCGGGUGGUUCGCAAUUGUGAUAAGCUCCGGGCUGAGCGCCGCCGUGAGCUUGUAUGAGGCUGUGCUGGUAAAGAAACAUUAA